AACAACGCGGCGAAGAAGAAAAUCCUCGUUAUCGAAAUACAGCGAGAGCUGUGACAGGGUGAACCCAAGGAAGUGUCACGGUAGCCGGCUAAAACGCUUAAUACUUAUUUCUCAAAGCAUGGUAUUUUUAUGACUUAACGCUUUAACAAAGCAGUUAAACGUAUACUAAUGCAGGAAAGUUGCUGGGCAAAUGUCGACUAACAGCUAAUUAAACCGCUAACGUGAGCUGACUGCAAAGGGAUGGUCGUUAGCUAGCUAGCCACACCGCAUUUGUUCACGGCAAUCAUGAGCGAAGAUGACAAUUCGGCAACCGCAAACAAAGACAAGGACUCAACUCUCCUGCUCACUAAAGACGGACAGAGGUACUACGUGAGUAAGAGCGGAGUGGUCGACAGCAGAAAUGUGACAACGCCGCACGAAUCAGAGAACAACGUCUCCUCCUAUGACAUGGAUGAUCCGGACGAGGAGAGCGACGUUUUGGACACUUCGGAUCCCAGAGACAGCGCCGCCAGCCCCGAGGAGCUCAACGAUGAGGAGACUUCGGAGGGCGACAACGCUCCCAAACAGUGCACGUAUGAGGGAUGCACGGAGACCUCCACACAGGUGGCCAAGCAGAGGAAACCGUGGAUGUGCAAAAAGCACCGCAACAAGAUGUACAAAGACAAGUACAAGAAGAAGAAGAACGACCAGGCGAUGUCCAGUGGCAAACUUGAUGAAAACUCAGAGGAGCGACCGGUGUCUGUGAACAAACAGCGACUGGGUGCGAUGGGGGACCGGCCAGCCAGACCCUCGCUGAUAGAGCAGGUUCUCAACCAGAAAAGACUGUCACUACUCAGGAGUCCAGAGGUGAUCAGCUUCCUGCAGCAGCAGCAGCAGCUCCUGGCCUCACAGGGCCGCAGCCAAACACAGCAGCAGUUCCAGGGCUGCUGACGCCGAGUGGUCAGCGCAUUUGUGACAAAUAAUAGAAUACCGAAGAAACACUGGCACUUAAUGCAUAAAUGGAUACUAACCGUACACUGUAAACAUUAAUUUCCCUAGCCAGACAGCCACACCGCAGUAAGAAUAACAUGAUAAUGAAAGGGAUGUUUUAGAAACCUGGCGAGACUGGUGGAUGAACCAGGUUGAACUGAUUUAAAUCCAUCAGAAGGGGUGAAUUCCUGAAGUAGCAGACUGACGAAAUCAAAUCAUACUUGGUGCUGUUUAGAAAUUUUUUUACAUUAAUUUCUUAAAUAUAAACCAGCAUUUCCUUUAAUGUUUACUUAUUAGGAGUUUACUUUGUAGCUACUCUGUCAAAUCCCACUUUGUCUGGUAGUUGUCUUCCUUCAUGGGGCAAUAGUAAUGAAGGAAUUUGAAUAUAAUUGUCCUGUCAAAGUUGCUCAGAUGUUAAAGCCUCGGCUCUCGCCAGAAUAGUCCUGUGAGCUCACUUUGAUCCCCCUGUCUUUUCCAUUGCUGACAGAAAAAGAACAUUAGUUUCCUUGUGUGUCUGAGUACUGACUGAUACUUUCGAGACUGUUUUCUCUUUAAGUAAUGUUGUCUUUUUCAUGUUUUCUUUCAUUGUUCCAUAUGACAAUCAGUGAUAAAAUAUAUGUCCAUAGCCUCUUCUCAGUCACGUGGGCACUUCAGGACUUAACACAAAGUUUUCUAUCUGUGAUUAUCUAAAUCCGUUGCACAAAUAGUCAAUUUUAAUUGUGUACAAAGGAACAAAAAGGAAGUAUGGUGGAAUGAAUGUGGAUGAGCUUUGUGAUGAAAGUGGCAGGGAGAAGUCGUACUGUGGUUUAAAGUACAUUUCACCUGCUGUGAAUAUGAGAGUAAAAUUAUGAAGCUAACAUUGAGAAA